AAGUUAUGGAGUGAAGCCUAAUCGGAUCUCGUCUUGUUGCACGCUGUAGUUUUUCAGCCUCGAUCCCCGGCGGAGCUUCUAUAGGGAGGAGAGGAGGGAGCAAGCGCGCAAGUGUCCGCGGUCCGAGGUUCGAGGUUUCGAGGGGAUCGGGUUAGACUAGGACCAGGUAUGUUUUCCCGUUUCCAUGGGCUGGCUUUGCUGAUGUCACCGCAGAGGAGGGACAGGUGCGCGGACUAAAGUUUCAUCCCCAGCAGCCUCGGAUGAGAGAGGAGGAAACGCAGCCCUGUGCGUCUCCGAGGCUCCCCGGCUCCCUCGGCAUCCAUCCCUGUCCAACACCUGUCCUAAAGGGGGUUUACGCCUUUCCUCCCCCUGAUCCGGAGUGGGAUUCCGCCUUGCUGGACCCCUGAUCCUCGUGGAGGCGUCGUUACGCACGGAUCUGCUCCACCACACCUCCCUGGAUCGGUGCGUCCGGAGCGGGGACAGGGCGCAGCGGGAGGUGGUCGCUCCACUGCGGCACUGACGCAGCUGGCCCCGCAAACACGCACCGCUCCACUGAUCCAGUGAUCCAGCAGUGCAUCGGGGGAACAGGGACAGUCAGCUUUUAUUAAAAGGAAAACCAAAAAAAGGCAGUCCUGUUUUCAGUGGAAUGGCUUAACUUUUCCCACCUUGCCUUGCCGUGAUGUCUCCGUGCGUCAUUGCGCUCUAGGAUCCGAGGAGGUCGUUUUGCCGUGCAGGACUAACCCUAACCCCCCCCGGGCCGGAGGAGGAGAAGGAUGUCCAAGACCCUGAAGAAGAAGAAGCACUGGUCCACCAAGGUGGCGGAGUGCAGCGUGUCGUGGGGCGGCCAGGGCGAGCUGGCGGCCGUGGCGGAGCUGCGCGGCGGCGCGGAGCUGGGGGAGUUCCCGCACCUGGGCCAGCUGGCCGCGGACGCGCUGCUGCUGCACGCCGGCCGGCUGCCCGGGCCCGGGGACGUGCUGCUGGAGGUGAACGGCACCCCGGUGAGCGGGCUCACGCACAGGGACACGCUGGCCGUCAUCAGGCACUUCCGGGAGCCGCUCCGGCUGAAAACCGUCAAGCCAGGUAAGGUGUUGAACACUGACUUGCGGCACUACCUCAGUCUGCAGUUCCAGAAGGGCUCCCUGGAUCAUAAGCUCCAGCAGGUGAUCCGAGACAACCUGUACCUGAGGACCAUUCCCUGUACCACUCGGCAGCCCAGAGAGGGGGAAGUUCCCGGAGUGGACUACAAUUUCAUCAGCGUGGGGGAGUUCCGGGACCUGGAAGAAAGCGGGCUGCUGCUGGAGAGCGGCACGUACGACGGAAACUAUUAUGGGACCCCGAAGCCCGCGGCGGAGCCCAGCCCCGUGCAGCCAGACCUCGUGGACCAGGUUCUGUUUGACGAGGAGUUUGACACCGAGGUCCAGCGCAAGCGCACGACCUCGGUCAGUAAGAUGGACAGAAAGGACAGCACGGCUCCGGAGGAGGAAGACGAGGAAGAGAGACCCCCGAUGGUCAACGGCGUGGGAGAGCACAAGGACAAAGCGGAGUGGAGGAAGACGGUGCCCAGCUACAACCAGUCGGCGGGGGCCAUGGACUGGGCUGUCUGGAACACGCAGGACGAGAGUCAGGAGCCCCUGCCUAAGAACUGGGAGAUGGCCUACACAGAGACUGGAAUGGUCUAUUUUAUAGAUCACAACAGCAAGACCACCACCUGGUUGGACCCCCGUCUCGCUAAGAAAGCCAAGCCACCGGAGAAAUGCGAGGAGGGAGAGCUGCCCUACGGCUGGGAGAAGAUUGAGGACCCCCAGUUUGGAACCUACUACGUAGACAUUUCAGUGACGGAUGAAUCUGUUUUGGCUCAUUUUAGCCACAUCAAUCAGAAGACCCAGUUUGAGAACCCAGUAAUGGAGGCUAAGAGGAAGCUGAGCGUGGACACACCUACGGCGGUCCUGCCGCCAGCGGCCGCACCCUCAGAGGAGCCUGCAGGGCCGGCGGAGGGCUUCACUCGAGACCCCUCCCAGCUGAAGGGCUCCAUCCUGCAGACGACCCUCAGGAAAAGCCCCCAGGGGUUCGGCUUCACGAUCAUCGGAGGAGACCGGCCCGAUGAGUUCCUCCAGGUCAAAAACGUCCUGCCAGAUGGGCCUGCUGCACACGACAACAAGAUCGCCUCAGGGGACGUGAUUGUGGACAUCAACGGGGCGUGUGUGCUGGGGAAGACUCACGCCGACGUGGUGCAGAUGUUCCAGUCCAUCCCGAUCAACCAGUACGUGGACAUGGUCCUGUGUCGAGGCUACCCCCUGCCCGAGGACUCCACCAGCAGCGAGGACGCUUCAGGUGGAGUCGGUGUCUCCAAGGACACCUCCCCCUCCCCCUCCACCUCCACCUCCACCCUGCAGGACCCUCAUCACACCGUCCCGGAUGGAGGAACUCUCUCCCGGCAAACUGCCUCAGCGUCAGCCAUGAGCAACGGGGGGCGUCAUCACCAGAGCUCUGGUCACCACCAGCACCCCCACCACCUUCCUCACGUCCACACCCCCGAGGGCCCGGACCCCACCCUGUUACAGCCGGAGCUGGUCAGCGUGCCCCUGGUUAAAGGCCCGGGAGGGUUCGGCUUCGCCAUCGCCGACUGCCCCCUGGGGCAGAAGGUGAAGAUGAUCCUGGACGCGCAGUGGUGCCGCGGCCUGCUGAAGGGGGACGUCAUCAAGGAGAUCAACAGGCAGAACGUACAGACGCUCAGCCACUCCCAGGUGGUGGACAUCCUGAAGGACCUGGCCGUGGGCAGCGAGGUCAACGUUCUGGUGCUGAGAGGAGGUCAGACAUCUCCUGUGAAAUCAUUGAAACCAUGCACAGCUCCCAUGUCCCACGGCUCGUCCCAGCCUGCUCUGGACCAAACCUCCCAGCAGCUGCCCCACCCCGGCCCCCAGGCCGCCACGCAGCAGCAGCUCCAGCAGCUCCAGCAGCUCCAGCAGAGACCAGACAUGAUCACCAGCAUGGACGCCCUGGGCCAGCCGGAGCUGCCCCCCCCCACCGUACUCCCCCUCUCCGCCAACACCCUGCGCUCAUCCUCGCCCAAGCCGGACGCGUCCGAGCUCUACCUCAAGUCCAAAGCCCUUCUGGACAGCAAGCCUGCUAAUUCCAAGGACCUGGAUGUGUUUAUCAAGAGGAACCAGGAGUCGGGCUUUGGGUUCCGAGUGCUGGGAGGAGAAGGACCAGAUCAGCCGGUUUACAUCGGGGCCAUCGUCCCCCUGGGGGCGGCUGAGAAGGAUGGGCGGCUGCGGGCCGGAGACGAGCUGCUCUGCAUAGACGGGGUCCCAGUCAAGGGCAAGUCCCACAAGCAGGUCCUGGAGCUGAUGACCAACGCGGCCCGCAACGGUCAAGUCAUGCUCACAGUCCGCAGGAAGCUGGCACACCCAGACGGAGACGAGGACGACGUCAGUCAGCAGCCCCAGCAGGGACCGACUCACAUCGCCGGCUCUCCCAAGAUUCCUCGUGUUGAGCCACCAAACCCGGUCCAAGCUGCCCAGCCGUCCCGGCCGGAGCGCUACGACAUCACGCUGCAGCGCAGGGACAACGAGGGCUUCGGUUUCGUCAUCCUCACAUCCAAGAACAAGCCCCCACCAGGAGUCAUCCCUCACAAGAUCGGGCGGAUCAUCGAGGGCAGCCCCACGGACCGGGCGGGCCGGAUGAGAGUGGGGGACCGCAUCUCUGCCGUCAACGGCCUCUCCAUCAUGGACUUGUCCCACAACGAUAUCGUUCAGCUCAUCAAGGACGCCGGCACUUCAGUCACGCUCACCGUGGUGCCGGAGGACGACAGCGCUCCCACAUCUGGAACCAACUCAGCCAAGCAGAGCCCGUUAGCUCAUCACAGAGCUGUAGGACAGCAGCCCCCCACCUACACAGACAGGAACGGCGACUCUGAGGGGAAGCACAGUGUCUCGCCAAGUGAGAUGGGAAUGCUCAUCACGUCAGGCCCCAAGCAGGGCUGCUUUGUGGUGGAGCUGGAGCGCAGCCAGCGCGGCUUCGGCUUCAGCCUGAGAGGAGGGAAGGAGUACAACAUGGGCCUGUACAUCCUGCGCCUGGCCGAGGACGGGCCCGCCCUGAAGGACGGCAGGAUACACGUUGGAGAUCAGAUCGUGGAGAUCAAUGGCGAGGCCACGCAGGGCAUCACGCACACCCGAGCCAUCGAGCUGAUCCAGGCGGGAGGCAGCAAGGUUCACCUGCUCCUCCGACCCGGCCAGGGCCUGGUCCCCGAUCACAGUUCAAAAGGAAAAGUAACCACUCCAAGACUCCCAGCAUCUGACGAGCAGUCAUCUCCAGCGUCUCCAUCCUCGACCUCCCUCUCUACCUCAGAACGGUCCCCAUCUUCCCCUAAAACGUCCACCCCGAGCGAGUUCCCGGGCAGGGGAGAGCACGGGAUGACGGGAUCCCCCGGUGCCGGGCAGGAGCCGAGGGGACGCCACCUCUCCAACUACAACCACAAGCGCGCCACCAGUCCCACCAGUCCCACCAGUCCCACCGCGCAGGCCAGUAAGCCGGGCAGGGGGGACUCCAAGUCCAGCAGUCCCAAAAGAGCUGGCGAAGGAUGGACGGAUCGUUCCCACAGCCCUCGGAAAACGGAACAGGGACACGGCGCAUCUCAGGAGGACACGAACAAGGAUAGAAAGGCCCAAAGGCAGAGGGAGCACCACUCCUCUAGUCCGAGGAAGGACUCCAGGAGUGAAUACGAUCCUGCGCUGCCGUUAAGAAACCUGGAGGAAGCUCAGAGCCCCAGGCACCCGGCCGGACAACAACCCGCCGGCGUUUCGAGAUAUAAGGGAGAAGACGCAGCGUACCGGCAGGACAGGGAGGCUCCGCAGAGCGGGGACAAAAGUUGGGGGACUGGCGAGCGCCAUAGAAGGGGGAAACGGGCGGAGAAAGAGGCAGGGGCUCAGAAACCCCACAGGCCGGGCUCGGACGCCGAAACCGGAACUCUGACUCACAGGAGCGGGAGAGAGCACGGGGAGAGGGAAUAUUGGGAGAGCAAGUACCAGGGGACGGCUGAAGACGUGAGCAGGAAAGACCCGCGAGGCUCCAGCAGUAGCAUCCAGGACCCCGGCCUCAACGGCACCGCCGCCGCUAAGAAGGCCCCCAUCACUCCCGGGCCCUGGAAGGUUCCCAGCUCGGCCAGGAUCCAGUCCCAGGGGGACGCCACUUAUGCAGACAUCUGAAAUCUCCGCCAGGACUGCGUUUGAAGAGGAAGCCGAGCCUCGUAAGAGGAUGGAACGACGGCACUGGAGGCAUUUCGGACAUAGCAGAUCACUGUGUAACCAGCAACAUAGCUUCUCAUUGAUAUUUAGUUGUUUUGUUUCACCCAGUUUGCCUCGGACUAUUUGCAUCAAGCUGCUGAAAUCCGUCCCGGCCUGUACCCAAAUGAGUGUUUGGACUGUACGAUGAAGUGUGUGUGUGUAUGAGGGUGUGUGUGUGUGUGUGUGUGUGUGUGAGGAGCUCUGAAUGGGAUUUCUGAAGUCUUAUUUUGUGCAGAUCAGAGACUGGCUACAACAGCAGCUUCUGAUGGCGCUCACUGUGAAACGGUUUGACAGAUGUCUGGAUGAAGUGAUGAAGUGUUUGCCCUCGCUGCACGACCUGACGAAGGACCCCGCUUCUUUUUUACAUUUUUUUUGUCAUUUUGAAGGUUUAAAUGCAUAUUCACACACUCAACACGGCUUUCAUACAAGACAAGAUUGAUUGAUUGUUCCCGUCUCGAGUGAAUGAAGUAAAACGAAAAAAAAAGUGUGAUAUAUGGGUUUCUCCUAAAAAUGUGUCUUCUUCUAGGUAGUUUGUUUCUUUUUAAAAACCUGAUGAGAUGUGAGUUGUACAAGUGCAAGUGCUUUUACAUGUGUGAAGACAUGAAUCCCAUUUGGGUGGAAAGACUACCCAGGAGCUUUAUAUGCAUCAUGGAGCAGACCAGAAACUUGUGCUUAUAGAUCUAAUAUUUGUUACAUGUGUGUUGAUAAUAAAGCAUACUGUACUCUAAUGAAAUUACCGGUAAACAAAGCAGUCAGUUCACCUGUCCAUGUCCACGUCCAUCCAGGUAGAACCAGAACAUGUAGAUACGCAUCAGCAUCUGAAAUAAUAACACCAUAAAGACUAUAACUUGUAUCUCAUGGUCUGCAAAGAGCCUGAUUCCUCAAGUGUUUGAUCGUGUGUGAAUACAAGCAAGGUGAAGGAGCUGAGGCCGGUGUACUUUACAUAUUACGCUCGCACUGAAUAUAUUUAAUCUGAAUGUUAUUUAACAAAACGAUUGCUCAUAUAUUGACAUGUAAUUAAGAUGGAUUUAAUUACCAGCGCCUGAUUGAUAAAAGUGACAUCUCCGCUUUGAUUUACUUAAGAGAUCCUUGUAUUUCAGUCAUAAGUGUAGGCACAAAAACAUAUCAUAUUUUUCAUUUGGAACCUUAAAAAAAAAAACGUUUUUUAUAGUUUUUAUUUAGUACUUGGCCUGUAUUUCUUAUGGAUGCUUUUGCUUAUUUAUUGUCACUGUUAAUUUGUGAAAAAAGAAAAAUACAGAUCUUCCAAAACACUUAGUUUCCAUACGUGGUGAAAAGCUGCUGAUUCAGUGACUGCACAUACACUUGUGCAAAAAUGUGAAAUAGUCACAAUGCUUCUUUUUUUUUUUUUUUUUUUUUUUUUUUGGUCUGAUUCAAAAUUAUUCAAAAUGUUCAGUCUCAUAGGAGAAAAUCAUCUGUGCCCUGCUCACAAGACACAUGAAGCGUUUCCUACUUCUGUGGACAACAGCCACAUCUAGUGGUUGAAACGAGUCCGACAGUCAUCAACCUGCCUGCUUUGAGGAUAAAAACAAAUAACACAA